AUGGAUACUGAUUUUGACAAUGCCUUUGUUGUGCAUUGCGAUGGAGACAGAGAGAUGCAAUUUGUGAAUCGUACGGGUGUGUAUGUGUUGGAGCAACUUGGAGCAAAUGUCAAACCAGGUGCCAAAGAGACAAGUGCAAUGUAUCGUCGCCAGUUAAGCAACGUAAAUAAACAACCCCAUUUCGAACUUUCUUCAAACAAACAGAAUGGAUAUGCUGGACUCGGGAUGAUCUGGAAGAUGGCAACUGUUCGAAAAAUCAAGGAAGGAUUCACUCCAAGACAAGUCAAGGCUGCGAUGGAAGCGAGAAGUGCGAUGCACAUACUCAAUGCUCCAAGCACCAAAAGUCUGAAGUAUGCGAUCCGAUCUGGUCUCAUCAAGAACUGUCCUAUCACUAAAGAAGCGAUCAAUCAUGCCAAAGCAUCUUUGGACCUGACGCCUCUACUUUGA